CUGAGGAUCUUGACGGUUCAACAGUCGCUGUCAGUCGCAAACUGCUUCAGCAAGUCAGCGUCACCCUGAAGACAGGAAGGCGGAAACAGCUCCUUUGAGAAUGUCAAGCUCUCUGGUUGUGUGUGAAGUGGAUGAAAGUCUCAAAGCCAAACUGAAGAAGUUCAGAUUUCGGAAGGAAACCAACAAUGCCGCAAUACUAAUGAAAAUCGACAUGGAGAAACAACUUGUUAUCCUUGAGGAGGAAUAUGAGGACAUCUCACUGGAUGAACUGAGGGAGGAACUCCCAGAGCGGCAGCCCAGAUUCAUUGUGUACAGCUACAAAUAUGUCCACGCUGAUGCUAGGGUGUCCUACCCUCUGUGUUUCAUAUUCUCAAGUCCAAUGGGAUGUAAGCCAGAGCAACAGAUGAUGUAUGCAGGCAGCAAGAAUCAACUGGUCCAAGCUGCAGAGCUCACAAAGGUCUUUGAAACAAGAAACGCUGAUGACUUGACUGAGGAAUGGCUGAAGAAACAGCUGGCAUUUUUUCGCUGAAUGUGCAUCUUCCAAAUCUUCAAACUGUCCUUUUCUUUGUGAAAAGUAUUAACUGUAAUUGUUGUUUAUUGCUAAUAAAUGUCUUGCUGUAUGCAA